AGUCAGACAGGUUUAGAUAACAUGACGCCGCCGGACGUGGUGUUCUCACUUCCGUUCGCACCAGUCAAACCCCGCUCACUCCGGCUGCCCUGUAAGCACAUCGAGCGAACCCCUCUGACGCACGGAGCUCGGCUCGGCUCGUCUCGUCUCGGCUCGGAACCGUCCACAGCAACAUGCAGCAUGGAGACAGCCGCCGAACACGAGCGCAUCUUGCGGGAGAUAGAGAGCACAGACACCAACUGUAUCGGACCGACCCUCCGGUCGGUGUACGACGGGCAGGAGCAUGGCCUCUUCAUGGACAAGCUGGACGUGCGGAUCAGGAACCACGACCGGGAGAUCGAGAAGAUGUGUAACCAUCACUUCCAGGGCUUCGUCGACUCCAUCACGGAGCUGCUCAAGGUGCGAGGGGAGGCGCAGAAACUCAAGAGUCAAGUGACUGAGACCAACAGGCGACUUCAGGACGACGGCAAAGACCUCAUGGGCUCGAUGGAGGAGCUGAAACAGUGUCGAGUGCAGCAGAGGAACAUCGCCACCACCGUGGACAAACUGACGCACUGUCUCCCAGUCCUGGAGAUGUACAGCAGACUACAGGAGCAGAUGAGGGCCAAAAGGUACUACCCGGCGCUGCUGACCCUGGAGCAGCUGGAGCAGACGUGUCUGCCCCGGGCGGGCCAGUACCGGUUCUGCUCCAUCAUGGCGGAGAACAUCCCCCGGCUGCGGACGCAGAUCCGCGACACGGCCAUGACGCAGCUCCGGGACUUCCUGGAGAGCAUCCGCAAGCACUCGGACAAGAUCGGGGAGACGGCCAUCAAGCAGGCUCAGCUGCAGCGCUCACUGGACAGCUCCGUGUCCACGCAGCCGAGGGCCCUGAUUGGCCGACGAGGCAGAGAGGUUUCGGCGCUGACGGGGACGGACGGCGGCGGCGCCGGCGAACAGGGCGGCAGUCCGGUGUCGGAACAGGACUCUGGCAUUCUGGACGCGGGGGAUGACGAGGAGGGGGAGGAGGUCCCAGGAGCUCAGGAACUGGUGGACUUCUCUCCGGUCUACCGCUGUCUGCACAUCUACACUGUGCUGGGUUUGCGCGAAGCGUUUGAGAACUACUACAGGAAGCAGCGGAGGAAACAGGCUCGCCUCGUGCUGCAGCCGCACUCUAACAUGCAUGAAACCUUGGAGGGAUACAGGAGGUACUUCAACCAGAUUGUUGGGUUCUUUGUGGUGGAGGAUCACGUCCUUCACACCACGCAGGGUCUGGUGAACAGGGCAUACGUGGAGGAGCUAUGGGAGCUGGCGCUGUCCAAAAUUGUCGCUGCCCUGAGGACGCACUCGUCAUACUGUGACGACCCCGACCUGGUGUUGGACCUGAAGAACCUCAUUGUCCUGUUCGCUGACACACUGCAGGGCUACGGUUUCCCGGUGUCACAGCUGUUUGACAUGCUGCUGGAGAUGAGGGACCAGUACGGAGAAAUCCUGCUCAAGAGAUGGAACGUCACCUUCAGGCAGGUGUUGGACCAGGACAACUACAGUCCCAUCCCCGUGUCCACGGAGCAGGAGUACAGACACUACACUUCCCAGUUUCCCCAGCAGGACCCCGAACUGGAAAAGCUUCCUUUCCCCAAGAAGCUUCCCUUCUCCGAGUUUGUGCCCAAAGUCUACUGCCAGCUCAAAGAGUUCAUCUACGCAUGUUUGAAAUACUCUGAAGAUCUGCACCUCAGUUCCACGGAGGUAGACGAUAUGAUCCGCAAGUCGACCAAUCUGUUGCUGACCAGAACCCUCAGCCACUGUCUGCACUACGCCAUCAAGAAAAAGAAUGUCGGGCUGGCAGAGUUGGUGCAGCUGAUCAUUAACACCACCCACCUGGAGCAGAGCUGCCACUUCCUGGAGGAGUUCAUAUCGAACAUCACCAACGUUCCUCCGGACACGGCGAACACCACCAAGCUGUAUGGGACGUCUACCUUCAAGGAUGCUCGCCACGCGGCGGAGGCGGAGAUCUACACCAGCCUGAACGCCAAGAUCGACCAGUUCCUGCAGCUGGCCGACUACGAUUGGCUGGCGGCGGUGCAAGGGGGCGGGACUCUGACGGCCAGCGACUACCUGGUCGACCUGAUAGCCUUCCUGAAGAGCACCUUCAGCGUGUUCACCAACCUGCCUGGUAAAGUGGCGCAGACCGCCUGCAUGUCGGCCUGUAAACACAUCUCCACCUGCCUGAUGCAGCUGCUGCUCGACCCCGACGUGCGGCAGAUUUCCCUCGGAGCUCUGCACCAGCUCAACGCCGACGUCAGGGAGUGCGAGGUUACUGGAACUGUUCACGCAGUGGGACUGGUCGACCUACCUGGCCGACUAUGGAAAACCCACCUGCAAGUACCUGAGGGUGAAUCCUCACACGGCGCUGGUGCUGCUGGAGAAGAUGAGGGAGACGAGCAGGAAGAGCAACGUCUUUGCCCAAUUCAGGAAGACGGACCGAGACCGACAGAAACUCAUCGACGCCAUCAUCAAGCAGCUGCGCAACCUCAUCGCGCAGCACCGCGCCUGAGUGGUCCGUCCGCCCGACCCCCUGCGCGGACCUGUGAUCUGAUUGGCUCGUUGAAUCCAAACACGUCUUUGCGCACAAGCUGUCGUCCAUUUGGUCUGUUCAGAUCCGCGUCCAGACUGAAACGUCAUUGGCUGAGGACGAAGAUGGAAAGAGGCUGCUAACGAAUUCCAUGGAAUUCAAACAGGAAGUUCAGAAAAUGCAACCAAAGCCUGAUAUGUACUUCCUGUUUGAGUAAUUUCUUUUUCUUAAAUCUACAGCGUCCAGACGUUUGAGGAAAAGUCACACUAAUCCGACACGUUUGGUUUUGGUCUGUUUCCUGCGUUUGCUUUACUGUAGAUUGGAAAAACUUUGUUGCUGUGGGGGUUUUUUUUGCUUUGGUGGCUGGAUUCUAUCGAGCCUCGUCGUCGGCGACAAAUUUGCGCGUGUCGGAAAAAACGAGUUGAUUUAGGCAGAAAGUUUCAGAAGAUUCGCGUCGGGAUUAAUCUAGGGGGGGGGAAUUUCAUUUUUCUGGCCUCAAGCGUCCGUCGUCGACGUGUUCUGCGCUGCUUUCGUCUUCCGUACUCGACUCUCGUUUGGAAAAAAGCACCGAACUCUAGAAUGGGUCACUGGAGAAUUUCACCGGCGACAGAGUUCCCGCCUAAUUACGCUUAACCUGCGGAAAAACUGGAAUGGCCGCUCAGAUCCGGCAAACCUCAUUCCCACGUGGAAGGCGUCGCGACGAUCUGUUCUGGCAACCCUGCCCCCGACUCGGUCUUACGGAGGGGGACGACCGCUCCGAUGGGAACACUUGUUUGUUUGUGUCGUUGAUCAGAAAGACACUAACUUGUGUAGAGACUGAUGUCGUAGCGCACGCGCUCGGUGCGUGUGUGUGUUUAGUCGAAGGACAUGAUUACAUCCACACUAGAUUGUUUUUGAAACUAAUAUGGGUCUUUUCCUGUUCUUUGUGUUGCCUUUUUUUCUUUCUUUCUUGAACUUGGUGCAAUAAUAGCGUUGGAAACUGCAGGAUUGUGUGUGUGUGAGAGAAAAGGGAUCAGAAGGGAAUUUCCGUCUUCCUCUUUGCGGAUGACGACUUGCGUUCACUCGUGCACUGUGAAAUCAAACUGUCUCUCUGUUCUUUUCUUUGCGUCCGUCUUCAGCUGCGUGUCACUGUUUCGGCGUCGACAUUAAGGGAAACGGGGCGGUCGCCGUUGAACGCGCCUUUGCUGUGUUUUCUCGCGUUUUGCUGCCAAACCGCGCAGCAGCUCGGCGGCGUUCGGACUCGGUGGCGCACUUUAAGUGUUUCUUUGUAGUCGCGUCUUUUGGUCCUCGUGUUUGUUCCUCACCUUUAUAUUUGAGAUGUUUUAAUUACAGAUGAGUUUUCUGCUGCCGAUCCAGACAUUUAUACGUCGGCGUCCGGAGUCGCGACGCCGCAAGCAGAAAUCUUUAUUGAGAUGGAAGCACUGUAAAACGCUGUUGCAUUAAAACCACUAAUACAUUGAACUACAGUAAAGUACUAACAACAGAAAAAAUAUGGAAUAAAAGUCAAACUGUUGAAA